AUGGCUGAUGCAAUUCCAGCUUACCUCACCAGAUGUGAUUUCAACAAUAACUCAAGACCAUUUUGUGACUGGACCCAGCCCUGUAAUAUCAACCAGGGGGUGUGGAUACGGACAAAGCAUGACACUCCGACUGAUGGAACAGGUCCUGAUGGAGACUAUCCUGAUGGAAAAGGUUAUUUCAUCUACCAAGAAGCAAGUAAUCUGAUCCCAUUCGACACUAACAGGCUGGAAAGCCCAGAGACUGUCGUUUCUGAAAAAAUAUGCAUAGACUUCUGGUACUAUAUGUUUGGAUCAGAAGAGAUGAAUGAGCUUAGAGUGCUUAUCCAAGAUGGCACACAGGAGUCUGUGGUAAUUUUUGAGGCUGUCCGAGGACUGACAGAGUAUGGGGAUACAGCACUGGACAACGUGAGAGUGAGGGAUGGAUCCUGUGAAGCUGGCCCUACACCUGUACCGCCAACACCUACACCAACAGUGCCUACACCACCACCAGUGACAGAAGCAAUUUGCAGUAUACAUGGAGAUCCUCACUAUAACACAUUUGACAAGCAGCGCCACGACUUCAUGGGCACCUGCACCUACACCCUCUCCAAGCUGUGUGAGACCAACAGCUCCAUGCCCUACUUCAACGUGGAAGCAGCCAACGAGCACAGGGGGAGCAACACCCGUGUGUCCUAUGUCCGAUACAUGGAUGUCGAUGUCUACGACUACAGGAUCAAUCUGGGUAAAAAUAGAGCUGUUAAGGUUGAUGGAGUCAGCCAGGUCGUCCCUCUAACCUUGGCUCCCGGUGUCAGCAUUUCCUUCAGUGGACAGUAUGUUGUGGUUACUGCUGACUUUGGGCUGCAUGUUAAGUUUGAUGGGAAUCACAGAGCAGAAAUCACUCUUCCCAGUACCUAUAUGUCUAAAGUCUGUGGAAUAUGUGGAAAUUAUAAUGGGCAUAAAGCAGAUGACUUCCUUAACCCAGAUGGAGAGAUGGAAGAAGACUCAGCCAGCCUUGGCAACAGUUGGCAGGUUUACAAUGACUCGAGAUGCUCACCAGAUGAUGGCCAUACUCCAAAUUGCACUGCUGAUGAAAAACAUAUGAUCCAAAGCAAUAAAUACUGUGGUCUGAUCACAGAUCCAAAUGGUCCAUUCCAGAACUGCCACACAGUAGUUGAUCCACAAAGUUAUUUUGAAGGCUGUCAGUAUGAUCUCUGUGAACUUCAUUUGAACAAUGCAGCCCUCUGUGAAAACCUCCAGGCUUAUGCAGACAUGUGCCAAGCUGCAGGAGUCCAGCUGGCACCAUGGAGAAAUGCAACCUUCUGCCCAUUAGCCUGUCCGGUAAACAGUCACUACGAGCCCUGUGCUGCUGCCUGCCCUGCCACCUGUGUUGAUCCUACUGCACCCUACAACUGCAGUCUGCCAUGCGUAGAGGGCUGUGUGUGUGACAGCGGGUACCUGCUCUACCACGACCGAUGUGUGCCCAACCAGCAGUGCGGAUGCUGGCACAACGGGCAGCACUACCCCGUGGGCUCCGAGUUCUGGACGGACAACACCUGCUCCUCCAAGUGCACGUGUCCCAUGCGGGGAGGCAAGGUCCAGUGCGUCGAAGCCUCGUGCCCUGCGGGCCAGUACUGCGGGGUGCAGGGUGGGAAACCCGUGUGCCUCCAACACUCCUACGGCAUCUGUCACGUCCACGGCGACCCUCACUACAACACCUUUGACAAGGUGACGCACAACUUCAUGGGCAACUGCACCUACACCCUGGCCAAAGUGUGCUCCAACACCACCGCCCUGCCCUACUUCAAUGUGGAGGCCAAGAACGAGCAUCGUGGGAACACCAGAGUGUCCUAUGUGCGCGAAGUGCUGGUUGAGGUGUACGGGCAGCGCAUUGGCAUCCUCAAGCAGGAGAAGAGCCAAGUGCUGGUGAACGGCGUGCGCCAGACACUGCCGGUGAGGGCAGCGGGAGGUGCGGUCACGGUGAGCAAGAGCGGCCGCUACGUCAUCCUGGAGGCAGACUUCAGCCUCACAGUGUCCUACGACACUGACCACUCGGUGGAGGUGAAGGUGCCCACCACCUACUUCAACCUGACCUGUGGCAUGUGCGGGAACUUCAACAGCCGGAGAGACGACGAAUACAUGAUGCCCAACGGGCAGCAAGCCGCAGACUCAAAUGCGCUGGGGGAGAGCUGGCAGGUCCCAGACAGUGACCCCUCUUGCGGUGUCCCCGUCCCCUCCCCACCCUGCAGUGCAGAAGAGGAGAAGCUCUACGAGUCGGACCGGUUCUGUGGCAUACUGACCUCCAGGCCCAGCUCUUUUGACAAGUGCCACAGCGUGAUCAACCCACAGAGCUACUUUGACACCUGCCUCUACGACCUUUGUGCCCUGAAUGGUGGCCAGGAGUUCCUGUGUGCUGCUCUGGAGGCCUACGCUGACACGUGCCAGGCAGCCGGCGUGACUCUUCUCCCCUGGAGGAAUGCUACCUUCUGCCCUGUUGCAUGCCCUCCCAACAGUCAUUACAACCCAUGCACCAGUGCUUGUCCAGCAACCUGCACUGACCCUCUUGCAUCUAAGAACUGCAGCAAACCUUGUGUAGAAGGAUGUGAAUGCAACAAUGGUUUUGUCAUCAGCGGGGGACAGUGUGUGUCCUUGAGCAACUGCGGCUGCCUUCAGAAUGGCAAAUAUUAUGAGGUGAAUGGAGUUCAGGUUAAACUUCCGGUGGAUUUGAACCAUGGAACCAGAGUAGCCAUAAAAGGACACUACAUAGUCAUUGAUACCUCUGUAGGGAUCCAGGUUAAGUUUGAUGGUGACCAGGAGCUUUUCAUUCUGGUUGAUGAAAGUCUCAAAGGACAACUGUGUGGUCUUUGUGGGACAUUCAAUGACAACCAACUAGAUGACUUUUUAAACCCAGAUAAAGUCCUAGAACAGGAUCCAAAUAAAUUUGGUGACAGCUGGAUAGUGAAGGAUGACAACAGGACGUGUAAUGCAGUUUCAGUUGUGCCGCCUGCUUGUGACGCAGCAAAAGAGAAAGAAUAUGAAGAACUCUGCAAAAUUGUUUUGAAAAAUAGUGGACCUUUUCAGGCCUGCCAUUGGCACAUUCCCCCACAGCUGUAUUUCGAGAGCUGUGUCUAUGAUUUGUGUGCCACAGAGGGGAAUUCUGAUCAGUUCUGCAAGAUUUUAGAGGCAUAUGCUGCUGCCUGUGAACUUGGAAGUGUAAAUCUGGGUGAAUGGAGGAAAGAUACCAUAUGCGCUGCGCCAACAGCCUGCAAUAUGUCCUGUACGUUUGAGGUUGACUUCUGUGAGUGGAAACAGGAAACCAAUGAUGACUUUGACUGGAUAAGGCACAAGGGACCCACACCCACAGCAAAUACUGGCCCUUCUCAUGACCACACAACUGGAGAGGGCUAUUAUAUCUACCUGCAAGGAAGUAAGCAAGAGCAAAGUGAUAUAGCCCGUUUGGUCAGUCCAGUGUGCAGUUCAGAAGGAGCGCACUGCUUCCGCUUUUGGUAUCACAUGUAUGGAACAGCUGAAGCAAUGGCUCUGCGUGUGUAUGUAGUACACAAUGAAACAUCAACACUGGAAUGGAAAGAGGCUGGAAGCAAAGGGGAUGCAUGGAAUUUGGGAGAGGUCACGGUACACAGCAAAGGAAAUAUGCAGAUUGUCCUGGAAGGCAUGAUAGGUGAAGAUUUCCUCAGCGACAUGGCAUUGGAUGAUCUCUCCAUUGUAAAGGGGCACUGCACAGAUGUGACUCCCACCACACCAGGCACCACAAUCACCACACCUUCAGAAGAGACACCCACAUCAACACCUAUGCCAGGCACAGGGACCUGUGUGGUGGAAGGAGACCCUCACUACCACACCUUCGACAAGCAGCUACACAACUUCAUGGGCACCUGCACCUACACCCUCUCCAAGCUGUGUGAGAGCAACAGCUCCCUGCCCUACUUCAACGUGGAAGCAGCCAACGAGCACAGGGGGGGCAACACUCGUGUGUCCUACGUCCGAUACGUGGAUGUCGAUGUGGCUGACCAGCGGAUAAGGCUGGGGCAGGGUGGAGUGGUGACGGUGAAUGGAGUGGCAGAGAUCCUGCCUUGCAGCCCAUCCGCAGGUGUGCAGGUCUUGUCCAGCGGGUUCUACACUAUGGUCAUGACAGACUUUGGCUUGAGAGUGAAGUUUGAUGGGAACCAUCGGGUGGAGGUGACACUUCCAAGCACUUUUGGGCAGAAGGUUUGUGGCAUGUGUGGGAACUACAACGGGAUGGCAGCAGAUGACUUCCUGAACCCAGAAGGGAUGCUGGAGCCAGACUCCACCAGCCUGGGCAACAGCUGGGAGGUGUCCAAAAACAGCAGCUGCUCAGCCGGACCACUCCCCACCCCAGCCUGCAAUGACACGGACAAGCAGGUCAUCGCCAGCAGCCGCUUCUGCGGGCUCCUCACCGACACCAGUGGCCCCUUUCAGAUCUGCCACGCUGUGCUGAGCCCCAGCAGUUACUUUGAGACCUGCUCGUAUGACCUGUGUGAGCUGGGGCUGCACCAGGAGACCCUGUGCAAGAGCUUGCAGUCUUACGCGGAUGCCUGUCAGGCGCUUGGGGUCCAGAUACCCGUGUGGAGGAACGCAACCUUCUGCCCGAUCACGUGUCCGGCCAACAGUCACUAUGAGCCCUGUGCUGCUGCCUGCCCUGCCACCUGUGUUGACCCAAUGGCUCCAGUUACCUGCAGCCUGCCGUGCGUAGAGGGCUGUGUGUGUGACAGCGGGUACCUGCUCUACCACGACCGAUGUGUGCCCAGCCAGCAGUGCGGAUGCUGGCACAACGGGCAGCACUACCCCGUGGGCUCCGAGUUCUGGACGGACAACACCUGCUCCUCCAAGUGCACGUGUCCCAUGCGGGGAGGCAAGGUCCAGUGCGUCGAAGCCUCGUGCCCUGCGGGCCAGUACUGCGGGGUGCAGGGUGGGAAACCCGUGUGCCUCCAACACUCCUACGGCAUCUGUCACGUCCACGGCGACCCUCACUACAACACCUUUGACAAGGUGACGCACAACUUCAUGGGCAACUGCACCUACACCCUGGCCAAAGUGUGCUCCAACACCACCGCCCUGCCCUACUUCAAUGUGGAGGCCAAGAACGAGCAUCGUGGGAACACCAGAGUGUCCUAUGUGCGCGAAGUGCUGGUUGAGGUGUACGGGCAGCGCAUUGGCAUCCUCAAGCAGGAGAAGAGCCAAGUGCUGGUGAACGGCGUGCGCCAGACCCUGCCGGUGAGGGCAGCGGGAGGUGCGGUCACGGUGAGCAAGAGCGGCCGCUACGUCGUCCUGGAGGCAGACUUCAGCCUCACAGUGUCCUACGACACUGACCACUCGGUGGAGGUGAAGGUGCCCACCACCUACUUCAACCUGACCUGUGGCAUGUGCGGGAACUUCAACAGCCGGAGAGACGACGAAUACAUGAUGCCCAACGGGCAGCAAGCCGCAGACUCAAAUGCGCUGGGGGAGAGCUGGCAGGUCCCAGACAGUGACCCCUCUUGCGGUGUCCCCGUCCCCUCCCCACCCUGCAGUGCAGAAGAGGAGAAGCUCUACGAGUCGGACCGGUUCUGUGGCAUACUGACCUCCAGGCCCAGCUCUUUUGACAAGUGCCACAGCGUGAUCAACCCACAGAGCUACUUUGACACCUGCCUCUACGACCUUUGUGCCCUGAAUGGUGGCCAGGAGUUCCUGUGUGCUGCUCUGGAGGCCUACGCUGACGCGUGCCAGGCAGCCGGCGUGACUCUUCUCCCCUGGAGGAAUGCUACCUUCUGCCCCCUGAAGUGUCCUGCCAACAGCUACUAUGACCCUUGCAUGACCGGCUGUCCUGCCACCUGUGUUGACCGACAAGCCCCACAGAACUGCUCCAAGCCCUGUGUGGAGGGCUGUGCGUGCACCUCUGGCUUCCUCCUCAGCGGAGACACCUGUGUGCCCGAGGCGCAGUGUGGCUGCCUCUUUGAGGACAACUACUACAGCGAAGGCGAGUACUCCGUGAACGAGAACUGCACUCGCCGGUGCCGGUGUGAAGCCAACGGCCAGAUGGUUUGCUCUGCCUUGUCCUGUGGCGAGGACGAGGUCUGCAAGAUCCAGAAUGGCCAGAGGGGCUGUUACCCAGCCAGCACCGCUCUCUGCCACAUCUACGGUGACCCGCAUUACAGCACCUUUGAUGGGAAGCUUCACCACUUCCAGGGCUCCUGCAACUACACUGUUGUGACAGGCUGCGACAACUCCUCCAUCGGGUUCAGCGUCACCACCCGCAACAAACAUCGCGGCAGCCAGAGCUGGACAGCUCUGAACUCUGUGGCACUGUCCCUGGAAGGCCUUCACAUUGCACUGCGCGAGCGCAAGGCCGUCUACAUCAACGGUGCUCUGGUCUCCCUGCCUGCUUCUCCUGCCCCCGGUGUGACCAUCUCCCUGAGCGGCUCCUACGUGCGCAUUUCCACCAAGCUGGGCCUGCAGCUGCAGUUCAAUGGGGACCACGAGCUCCUCGUGAAGGUGUCUGAGAAGCACAAGGGCAAGCUCUGUGGGCUGUGUGGCACGUACAGUGGGAGCCAGCAGGAUGACUUCACGCGCCCUGAUGGAGUUGUCGUGCCCGACUUCAACGACUUUGGAGCCAGCUGGAGGGUGCCGGAUGAUGAGUGGCCGUGUGACCCAGCCAUCAGCCCGCCUGCGUCCUGCUCCCCCACCGAGGAGGAGGCAGCUAACAAGCAGUGUUCAAUCCUCACACAUCUGGGUGGCCCGUUCCAGCCAUGCCAUGCAGUUCUGCCUCCCCAGACUUACUUUGAGAGCUGUGUCUAUGACCAGUGUGCCACGGGCGGCAGCACGGAGCAGCUCUGCAAUGACCUGGGGGCCUACGCCGCAGCCUGUGCGGAGGCAGGCGUUGCCCUGGGAGACUGGAGCGCUGGCACUGUCUGUGGUCCUACACCCACGCCGCCCUUGCCAGGCACUACAACAAGGCCUCCACAUACAACAACGUCACCAGCACCUGGGACAAGCGCAGCUCCCCCACCAGACUGCAAUUUCAGCUGCACAUUCGACAAGGACUUUUGUGGCUGGGUCCAGGCAGACUACAGCAGCAUUGACUGGAUAAGGAACAAAGGCCCAACGCCCACACCAAAUACCGGCCCCUCUUCUGACCACACAACUGGAGAUGGCUACUACAUCUACCUGCAAGGGACUGAUGAUGCUCUCGCCGGGUUUGUGGCUGUCCUGGUCAGUCCGGUGUGCAGCUGGGAAGGAACGCACUGCUUCCGCUUCUGGUACCACAUGUACGGAAAUGCUGAAAUGGCCCUGCGGGUGUACGUGGCAAAUGACCGUGAGCAACAGGUGGUCUGGAAUCAAGAAGGGAACCACGGGGACAUGUGGCACUUGGGAGAGGUGACGGUGCACAUCACAGGAAAUCAGCAGAUUUUCCUGGAGGGACAAUGGGGUGAAGAUGCCCGGAGCAACGUAGCCUUGGAUGAUCUGUCCAUUGAAAAGGGAUCCUGUGCAGGUCCACUUCCUCCUACACCCUCAACCCCAUUGCCUAGCAUCACAACGCAGACAACACCAAGACCAACAACACCACCACCUGAGGUGACCUCAGGUCCAUCAAACCCAACACCCACGAUUCCCUUGCCAGGCACUACAACACGGCCUGCCCACACAACAUCACCCACAACAACAGCACCCAGCUCAGAUCGUGCUUCCUGCAGUGCCUCUGGAGAUCCACAUUAUAACACUUUUGACCACAGAGUCCAUAAUUUCAUGGGAAAUUGCACUUACACACUCUCCAAAGUGUGCAAUGUCUCUGAGAAGCUUCCAUACUUUGAUGUGUCCACAACAAAUGAACACAGAGCAGCCAACACCAAAGUCUCUUAUGUGAAGUCAGUGCAAGUGGAAGUCUAUGACAACCAGAUUUCUCUACUGAAAAACAAGAAAGUGAAUGUGAAUGGUCACAGAAUGAACCUGCCUGUAUUUAUUGAGAAGAAAAUCAGUAUUCAAAGCAGUGGUGGAUAUGUUCUCUUAGAAACUGACUUUGGAUUGUGGGUGAGAUAUGAUGGAAACCACUAUGCGGAAGUCUCCGUGCCCUCUAAUUACAGUCAUCUCCUCUGUGGCCUCUGUGGUAAUUAUAAUGGUGAUCCGAAUGAUGACAAUAUAAAGCCCAAUGGUGAUAUUGCAAGUGGUUCCACUGAUCUUGGAGAAAGCUGGCUUGUGCCUGAGAACAACACCAUAUGCUCCAGUGGUGGGACAGAGGAACAAUGUGAUCCUGUGUUGGAGAAUGAAGCAAAGAAGAACACAGCAUGUGGCAUGAUCACAGACCCAACAGCAAUGUCCUGUCCUGGAGGCAGCAUCUACAAGAGCUGUGGUACUAGGUGUCCCUCUACCUGUUUGAACGUCUCAGCAGCUGAUUCCUGCAGUUCUUUACCAGUGGAAGGUUGCUUCUGUAAGGAAGGCUAUGUUUUGAGUGGAGACAAAUGUGUGCCAGAAAGUAGCUGUGGUUGUGUUGAUGAAAAGAACCAGUAUCACCAGCUGAAUGAAAGCUGGUUCACCCAAUAUCCCUGCACUGAACGCUGUACCUGCAAGGCUAAUAACACCAUUGAAUGCACAUCCUGGGAAUGUGGAGUCCAAGAGGAAUGCAGUAUUCAGGAUGGUGUGCUGGGCUGUCAUUCCAAUGGUCAAGCAACAUGUCAAGUGGUAGGAGAUCCCCAUUAUUUCACUUUUGAUGGAGUGAAGUACACUUUCGUGGGAACCUGCACCUACAUUUUGGUUGAGGUUGUCAGCACUGCCACCAAUGUCAUUCCUAUAACCAUACUGGGCAAGAAUGAAGACAGAGGACUGAGAGGGGCCACAUACCUAAAAGAAGUCUAUAUAGAUGUGCACGAUGUACGAAUCACCCUCCAGAAAAACCAAAGAAUCCUGUUGAACAAUGAGAGAGUCUACACCCCAGUGGAGAACCGACUGCAAGGCGUGUCCAUUGGAAAUGUUGGCAGAUUUUUAGUAGUGGAAACUGACUUUGGCAUGAUAGUGAAAUACGACGGCAAUCACUAUCUGGAAAUCACCCUCCCACAAUCUUAUUUCUCACAGGUGCAUGGCAUGUGUGGUAAUUUCAAUGAUAAUCAUGAAGAUGAUCUGUCCUUGCCCAAUGGAACAGCCAUCAGUGCUCCACAGUUUGGAAAUAGCUGGAAAGUGGAGAAAGACAGUGAUAAGGCUUGCUUACCAGACUUAAGAGAAGAUGAUGAUCCUCCUUGCACUGCCGAGAAUAAACAAGUCAUUGAAAGCCAGUGUAAUGUCCUCAAAUCAGACAAAUUCAAAGUAUGCCAUAAUCUAGUCAACCCUGAAGACUUCGUAGAAAUCUGCAUCUAUGACAUGUGCCAGUAUGAUGGCAUGAAGUCUGCUCUCUGUGACAUAGUUCAAGCCUAUGUGGAGACCUGCAAGAACCAUGGAAUCACCAUUAAAUGGAGGAAUAGCACAUUCUGUCCAUUGCCCUGCCCAUCCCGGAGCCAUUACAAAGACUGUGUCUCCGCCUGUCCAUCAACAUGCAAUGACAUUUUUGCCUCUUCCCUUUGUGACAAGACAGAAGAGUGUACAGAGGGCUGUGAGUGUGAUGAUAAUUAUGUGCUCAGUAAUGGCAACUGCGUGCCUCUGAGCAGUUGUGGCUGCAGGGAUGAUGACAACAAUUACUACAGUGCUGGGGAGACAUGGAUAACUCCACACUGCAACAAAAGAUGCCAGUGUCAGAAGAACGGAGUCAUCAGCUGUAAGAGCUAUAGCUGUGAUUCUAGAGAAACCUGUGUGAUCAAAAAUGGAAAACACAAGUGCCAUCCAACGGGUUUUGGGAGAUGCCAGAUCAUGGGCGACCCACACUACAUCACCUUUGACGGUCUGGUGCACCACUUCCAAGGGAAAUACACAUAUAUUGUGGCUCAGACCAUCUCUGACCUACCUGAUACCCUGACACAGUUCAGUAUUGAAGGCAUAAACUCUCCUUUACAUCGAAGUCGACACAUUACCUACCUGAAAGAGAUUCUCAUCAAUGUUUACAACCACACAGUGCGAUUCAGGCAGAACAAGCAGGUUCUGUUGGAUGGUGUCAGGGUGAGACCCUCUCUUCGACCUCAUGAAGGUAUUCAUAUAUAUCAGAGGACAACAAGAAUUUUCCUGGAGACAGAUUUUGGCUUAUAUGUGAGUUUUGAUGGCAACCAAAACGCAGAUAUAAAGCUGGCCAAUACCUACAGAAGCAGAGUGGAAGGCUUAUGUGGUGACUUUGAUGGGAGACAUAGAAAUGACUUCACAAAUCCAGAUGGUGUUUGGGUGAAGAAUGUGAAUGUAUUCGGUGAAAGUUGGAAAGUUCCUUUAAAAAGAAGCUCUCGUCUCAGACGAGAUGUCAACUCAGAAAAUGAGUCUGAGGAGGAGCCAGAUCCAGGACUUUUCCAAGGUUGCAAUGAAAAUCAGCUGGAGCAGCAAAAUGCAACUUCAAGAUGUCAAAUCCUGACUGACUUGAAUGGUCCUUUUGCAAAGUGUCAUUCUACAGUCCUACCAGAUUUCUAUUUCACGAGCUGCCUGUUUGAUAUGUGUGUGGAAAGAGAUGAGGUCACUACCUUGUGUCGCAGUCUGGAGGAAUAUGUGCUGGCUUGUCAGCAGCAAGGAGUCAGUAUGGAUGGCUGGAGACAACAGACAGUUUGUGGUAUAUCAUGUCCUGCCAACAGCAACUACAGCUCAUGCAUGUCUGCAUGCCCAGCAUCCUGCAACGACCUGACCAGCCCCUCUGAGUGUGAAUCACCUUGUGUGGAAGGCUGUGAAUGUCUCUCUGGCUAUGUUCUUAGCGGUUUUGACUGUGUGCCUUACAAAGAGUGUGGCUGCACAUACCUGAACAAAUACUAUGAGAUUGGAGAAAUAUUCACCACCGAUGACUGCUCUCAGAUAUGCCAUUGCACAGAAAGCUCCACUGUUUUCUGCACUGACAACGCAUGUGGGUCUGAUGAAAUCUGUGGAAUUUCAAACUACAGUCGUGGAUGCUACAGGAGUGGACCAUGUAUGCCUAAUCCUUGUAAGAAUGAUGGUGUUUGCUCUGAAACUACCAACACCUCCUCUCUCCGUUUUUACUGUGAAUGUUCAGAGCUCUACACAGGACCUAAGUGUGAGGCUGAAAAGAUAGUUGAAGACCCUGACACAAAGGACCCCAAGGACCAUACAAUUGCCAUCGUCAUUGGAGUCGUGGCAGGUGUAGCUGUUAUUGUCAUUCUCAUCUCCUCUACAGUGUACCUGUACAGGAGAAAGGUGGAUACAGCUACAAUAACAAGAGAUUCUUCUUUGAAGUGGUCCAGGGAUGAAUUGGAUGCCAGAACACAUGAACAAGAUUAUGGCUGCAUUGUGAACAUGAAGAAGUGGAACGGUAGCAUACCGUUUACCGUUUCCCUUUCGGAACGUUUCCUGGUGAGGGAUGCUCAAUCACCGCAAGACCGGGUAGAACCGGAACCCCUGCGCGGCUGGAGGAGAUGGCAAGGCGGCGGUGGCCCGUCUUCGUCGGGGACAGGACCAGAUUUUCCACCCAGCGAGCGGAUUAGCCAACACCCUCGGGAGUGGAGCCUCCAUCGGCGAGGAGGGCGAGCCAGCGGGUCAGGAGUCUGGUCGCGGCGGCCCCGGGACGGGAGGUGCAGUGAGCGGGGCGAUGUGAAGGGGCGGGGAGCGGAGCUCGGCGGAGGGGACCGGAGUUCGGGGGAUGCGAGCGGGGGUCUGCCAGCAGGAUGGGGGUCUGGCGAGCGGCCAGAGGUGCCCCAGAGCCUGGGGACGGGCUCGCCACCGCGGGCACUCCUGGGGAGCUGCGUCCCGCCAGCUGAGCGGGCCCGGUCGCGGCACAAGCCGAGCCCCGAAGGGAGCGCGGGCGGGAGGGGAGCGCAGGACCGUACGGCGGCGGGGGGAGACGGGAACGGCGGCGGGGGAGCCGACCUCAUCCUCUGGGUGGGAGCGGCGGCCCUUCCGUGCCUUGCCCUGCGCUAG